CCUCACUGCUGAGUUGGCGGAGACACGUUACGCGUCUGCACUCAACGGGGCUCAAAAGCUACUUUUGCUGAUUUUCCCACCAAAAGACUUUAACGUUUUCUCAAUAACUUGUAUCCACGAAGACUAAACGAAAAUGGUUUAGGUGGUUCCAUAGUGCCGUUUAGUUGACCUUUCAACUCCAGGUAGUGAUUGAACUGUCAUAAAGUUUCAAGUUCAGCUGCAUCAGGAAGUCAGGACUUCAUUGAGAGUUGCAGCUUCAAAAGCGUGAGUGCAUCUCCAUCCAUGUGGGCCAGGCUGGAGUACAGAUUGGCAAUGCAUGCUGGGAGUUGUAUUGCCUGGAGCAUGGCAUCCAGCCUGAUGGCAAUAUGCCGAGUGAUAAGACCAUUGGUGGAGGGGAUGACUCCUUCAACACUUUCUUCAGUGAGACCGGCUCUGGGAAGCACGUUCCACGAGCUGUGUUUGUGGAUCUGGAGCCUGCAGUCAUUGAUGAGGUGAGGACUGGAACCUACAGACAGCUGUUUCAUCCAGAGCAGCUCAUCUCUGGGAAAGAAGAUGCUGCCAAUAAUUAUGCCCGUGGCCAUUACACUGUUGGCAAGGAGAUUAUUGAUAUGGUCCUGGAGCGUAUCCGCAAACUGACGGACCAGUGCACCGGUCUCCAAGGUUUCCUUAUUUUCCACAGUUUUGGUGGAGGCACUGGCUCUGGUUUCACAUCCCUGCUGAUGGAGCGUCUCUCAGUUGACUACGGCAAGAAGUCCAAGCUGGAGUUUGCCAUCUAUCCUGCUCCUCAGGUCUCCACUGCUGUGGUCGAGCCUUACAAUUCCAUCCUAACCACCCACACCACCCUAGAGCACUCUGACUGUGCCUUCAUGGUAGAUAACGAGGCUAUCUAUGACAUUUGUCGCCGAAAUCUCGACAUCGAGCGUCCCAGCUACACCAACCUCAACCGUCUCAUCGGUCAGAUCGUGUCCUCCAUCACGGCUUCCCUGCGAUUUGAUGGUGCCCUCAACGUUGAUCUGACAGAGUUCCAGACCAACUUGGUGCCAUAUCCCAGAAUCCACUUCCCACUGGUCACUUACUCUCCCAUCAUCUCUGCUGAAAAGGCUUACCAUGAGCAGCUGUCCGUGUCCGAGAUCACCAGUGCCUGCUUUGAGCCAUCCAAUCAGAUGGUGAAGUGUGACCCCCGGCAUGGGAAGUACAUGGCCUGCUGUAUGCUGUAUCGUGGUGAUGUCGUACCCAAAGAUGUCAAUGCCGCCAUCGCCAACAUUAAGACCAAACGUUCAAUCCAGUUUGUGGACUGGUGCCCAACUGGAUUCAAGGUUGGCAUCAAUUACCAGCCACCCACAGCGGUCCCUGGUGGAGACUUGGCCAAGGUACAGAGAGCUGUGUGCAUGCUGAGCAACACCACAGCUAUUGCUGAGGCCUGGGCCCGUCUGGACCACAAGUUCGAUCUGAUGUACGCCAAGCGUGCCUUCGUUCAUUGGUAUGUCGGAGAAGGAAUGGAAGAGGGAGAGUUCUCCGAGGCCAGAGAGGAUCUUGCCGCACUGGAGAAAGAUUAUGAGGAGGUUGGCACGGAGUCUGUGGAAGAUGAAGAGGAGGGAGAGGAGUAUUAAAGAUGCUUUAAGAGGCUGAUCUGGGACCAGUUUUAUGCAAUGGCCGACAGAAGAGAAACUCGUCCUACUCAAGCACUUACAAGCAGUAUUUACCUCUCUGCUGCCUUAUGAAUGCCAAAUGAUGGGGAACAAUGCCCUGAUGUUUGUGAUUUUAUAAGUGUUCUGUUUCGUUCUUUUCUAUGCCUCUAUUCUGUCUGAUUUCAAAGAAACAAGUUUCCAAAGGCAUUUCUGUCUGUGGACACUUUGUAAGCUGUCUUUGUCUCUCACAUAUGCUGUGAUGCGGUUUCCAAAAUAAACUGUCAAAUGUG